AUGAGAACGCCGACCAAAACCCCGUUGACUAUUAUUACCUUUGAUGAGGAUACUGAGGGAGUAUCCCCGAUCACCCUUUCCCCAUGUUCAUUGGAUGAGCACAUGGACUGUGAAGGGCAGAGGCGAGAGCCGCCAUCUACCUACCGGUUAUGGAUGCAAUCAGAUCCUAGUCAUAACAAAACACCACCCACUUCCAAAACCACUGCGGAGUUGGCGCUACAAGGUGAUGAAGAGUACGAUGAUGAUGAUCCUUUUGCAUUUGAUUUAUUGGGACGAAAUAAAUGGGGUGCAAGAACUCGAGAAGGGUUAGCAGAUUGGUACAAUGGUGACGAGCUUAUGACGGCCGAGGUGGUCGAUAGUUCUUUGGAUGACACAAUGAAUACUCUGGAGAAGGAGAAAUUAAGGGUACGAGUUCUGCAUCAUAUAGCUCAUGUCAAAUUGAAUUUGAAACUAUCAUUGAUUGCGAAAGGUCUAGAACUCGUUACAAUGGGGAUAAUAGGUUGCCGAUUUAUAUUCCAAUCUUGGAUAGGGUUAGCCUUACAAUUAUUAUGUUCGAUUGGUUCAUCGUCAUCUGAACUUUGGCGUUUUGCCGGUAAGUUUGGCUUGCCUUAUGAAACAU